GAGGGAAAGUAAAAGGUGCAUUGCGUCUUUAAAUCUUACAUGGCAGACUCCUCCCACUCAUGUGACGUUGUUGUUUUAUUACAGCCUGUCAAACAGACAUCCGAAAAUGACAAACAGGCGAGCAGACACACAGCGAUCAUGAGUUGCCCGAUUCAUCCGACAUCCCCAAAACUUUCUAUGUUUUUAGCCAUAAUUUGACGGAUACGCGCCAGACUACAGUCUCAUAUGGACACCGAGUUUCUCCUGUUUCCGCAGACUAAAGGAGGAAACCUGCGAUGUGUUGGUGGUGAACGCACACUCAAUCACAGCGCCAUCACACUGAAGCAGGAGAUCCGCACCACUCCACGCGUGUGGAUAUGUCUACGGAGGAACUUUUCAUAGCCUGAUUUUCAUCCCCCCCCCCCCCCAUUAGUUUAUAGCACCCAAAAGCCUCGUCCUAUUUCCCCCAUGAAAAAUUCUCUCUGGAGCGGCGUGAUGAUGUCGAGCAAAAGCACGGAAUGGCUGCAGGAUGAACUAGAGUCCGGCGGGGGAUCGCUGCUGCUGCUCGACUGCAGGUCGCACGAAGUCUUCGAGUCCUCGCACAUAGAGUCGGCCAUCAACCUGGCUAUCCCGGGACUUAUGCUGCGGAGAUUAAAGAAGGGCAAUUUGCCCAUCCGAUCCAUCAUUCCCAAUAACGAGGACAAGGAGAAGUUCGUGAAACGCUGUAAAACGGACACUGUGGUGCUGUAUGACGAGGCGACCACCGACUGGCAAGAGAGCGGAGCCGCGGGCUCUGUGCUUGGACUCCUCAUGCAGAAACUGCGGGAUGAUGGAAGUAAAGCGUAUUAUUUGGAAGGGGGAUUUAACAAAUUUCAAACUGAAUACCCAGAGCACUGCGAGACUAACUUGGACGGCUCUUGUCCGAGCAGCUCUCCACCCUCAUCUGUUCUGGGCCUUGGGGGACUACGGAUCAGUUCAGAUUGUUCUGAUGGUGAAUCAGACCGGGAACCAGGCAGUGCCACAGAGUCAGAGGGCAGCCCCUUGCCCAAUAACCAACCAGCAUUCCCAGUCCAAAUUUUACCCUAUCUUUACUUGGGAUGUGCCAAAGACUCCACCAACUUGGACGUUCUGGGCAAGUACAACAUCAAGUACAUCCUGAACGUAACUCCCAACCUACCUAACAUGUUUGAACACGAUGGGGAAUUUAAGUACAAGCAAAUUCCCAUCUCUGAUCACUGGAGCCAAAAUCUUUCUCAGUUUUUUCCAGAAGCAAUUUCUUUUAUUGAUGAGGCUCGUUCCAAAAAGUGUGGCAUCUUGGUGCACUGCCUAGCGGGCAUCAGUCGCUCGGUCACCGUCACAGUGGCGUACCUGAUGCAGAAGCUCAACCUGUCACUCAACGACGCCUACGACUUUGUCAAGCGCAAGAAGUCCAACAUCUCGCCCAACUUCAAUUUCAUGGGGCAACUUUUAGACUUCGAAAGAACACUAGGGCUCAACAGCCCCUGCGACAACCGCUCACCCAACGACCGGCUCUUCUUCACCACGCCAACUAAUCACAAUAUGUUCCAGCUGGAUUCGCUGGAGUCCACAUGAAGGCCAGCAAAGGAAGCUGGGUGGGAGCAGCCUCCCCUUGAAUGUUUAUCUCCCAACUCCAGAAGAGUUUUUGACCUGGAGGACCAGGCCAGCAGCAAUGUCGAUGGUGGGAUGGAGGGUGGUUAAGCACAUGGAUUCAGUUUUCAGAUGGGUACUGCUCUUAAAGGUGUACCCUUUGAAGCCCCUGCAGCUAUUCUGGUGGAUUUUAAUGCAGCUUUUCUUGCCUUUAUGGAACAGACUGUUCUUUUUUUGUCUUGAUUGAUAAAAGAGAAGAAACGAGAGACUUUUGCACAGUGCUUCAUUCAAAGAGAAGGAAGCAGAACUGCUGUGCUUCAAGUGGCUGUCUUGCCGCAACAAUGCCCUUAACCUCUUGUCUUGAGGGACGCCAAUGUACUGAGAUUUGUGUUGUUUGUUUUUAAUCGGAGGGAAUCUCAUUCUAUUUUCUCAAAACAAAGACAAAAACACCAUCAAAGAGGUGCACAAUUCAUUCAAUAAAUGCAGUUUUUCUGUUCGUAUAUCUUUGCAUUUCCUCACAUAAUUCGCAAAAAACCUGUACAUGCAUAGAAACGUUGUCCAAAGAAGUUGUGGUAUGUUUAUAACAGAACCGAAUUUGAGGUUGUUACCAACUAAAAAAACCAUUACCCUCCCCCUUUCAUUGGAAUCUUUUUUUCAACAUUUGCAAUGACCUAAUGCAUUUUGCACAGUGGUGAAGCCUUUCACUUCUUGGCACUUAAAACCGGUACUCCAAUACACAUAAAGAGACUUUCAAAGGCCAGUUCUAGGCUGCGACGAGGCCAUACAGCUGCAUGGGGCGGUCAGGCAGCGCUGGCGAGGGACAACACACUUACUCAAAGCUCAUUGUUCCUUAACUGCAAAUGACAGAUUGAUGUUUCUGUCCUAGCUAUGAGUCCCAACAUUCUUUAAUGAAAGUGUUUGUUAGGGUUCAUCCCCUUCUGGCCUUGGUGAUUCUGAUUACUUGGCAUGUGUUCCUCUCGAGUUGUGGAACGUUGUGGGUUAGAAAAGCAUUGAAUGUUGAGAAUAGUUUUUUUACUACUAUUGCUGCUCCUGUGUGUGUGUGGCGAUCAGGGCAGUAAGUAGUGUGUAGCGAUGGCGUUUCUGACCACAGAAACAAAUGAUUGGACUGAAGUGGAUAAAUGCUGAGUUAACAGGGUUGCUUGAAGCUGGCCUUAUAUAACCUUUUUAAUUCUUUCAUACUCUGACUGUUUAAUACUAUUUGUAUCUCACUUUAGAAAUCAUUGUAUUAAAAAAAACCUUUGUUCAUUUUUAAAGUAAUCAAUAUGUAGUAAUAGAUGACUAAUGGUCUUUAAUUGGUCAGUCAAGGUUGUAUUUGUUACUCUGCAAUAUACUCAACCACCCUUUGCAGUAUUUUCUAGAAAAUGGCCUCUGUUUUUUGAUUCUUCUACUUUUUGUACUAGAAUAUAUACUAGAAAUAUUGCUUCACUUUCUAUGAAACUGAGGUAGCUAGCUUUUCCCCCGGGGUGUCCAAAGUACAGGGCAUUGCACCGCAUUGUGUGUAGGCUUCUGGGUGAAUUCAUUAGAAUAUGUGGCAUUUUGACCAAUCUAUACACUCACUUUUCAUCUGAUUUAAUUUAGCCCUUGGAAUUUCAUAAUGUGCUAUAUGCAAACUCCUGUGGCCUUUUAGUGUAUUUUAAUAUAUUUGUGCCAAUAGGCAACCAUCAUCUCUUUAAUAUAUCAUUGUGGAUGACUAUUUCAAAUGCUUAAAACCACUUAUUAGAGGUCAUCACCCAUUCAUAAAAACAACAGAAAGUCUCUUAAACCCAAUUCUUACACCCUAUGACUGAAAUGUACUUCAUUUUAGUAAUGUAAAUCAUGAUUUCAAGCUGCUUCUUGUGUAGGAAUGUUUGUAUCUGUAACAAUGGAAAAGAGAAAUCUUUAAUGUUUUCUCUGUAUAUUGCCAGAACACAGGAACAAGGAUUUCUGUGGAUAUUUCUUGUAGCUACAUAACAGCAAGAGAUGGUGACGCAAUUAUAAGUGUGAGAGUGAAAGAUAGAGGACUGAGAUGAGUGAAUAAGGAAAUGUAUAUCUUACCUCACUGAGGAAUUUUUCAGGGAUUUUUAUUUGUCAAUAUGUCGGCAUCGUGUGUUACAGCUUCAAAUGUCAAGAGCUGUUUUAUAUGUGCUGUAUACAUUUUUUUUAAAAGAUACAAUCUAUAUGUGUAUAAUACUGGGCUUGGUAAAUGGGCAGUUACAUUUCUGGUUUAUGAAGGAAUUAAAUUGUCCCUAUGUAUUGUAUGAAAACCAAUACAAGACUUGUUUGUACUGCAAAUAAAUAUUGAAUUAUUUU